UCAGUUUCUUUUCACCCCUGGCCUAAACUCUCAGAGUUGCAUCUGAGCUUUGUUCUCUUCCCCGGUUUUAUUCUUUAAUCAUUAAUGUUCCCCUCUCAGUUCAUCUUUUGAAAUGUUUGCUUUAGAAAUCCGUUAUUUUUUAAAUGACUUUCAUCCGGACUGCCCUGAUGGAAAUCCUGUUGAUCAAUUCGGGCAUCUACUGCAUUUCAUCACAUCCAGAGAUCCAGGAAAGUUCCCUUCAGGUAGCAGCAGCUUCUAAAGCCCUAAUGUAACUUUAUUCCAUCAGGAUUAUGUAAAUGAUUCACUUCUGGUGUAUAAAUACAGCUUACAGUCUCCAUCGGGUCACUUCCACACAUCUGACCAUGAAGCUGCCGGCAGCAGUUUUCCUCCUGGUUCCCAUCAUGAGCCGCUGCUCAGACCUCGUCCUCCCUCUGGACUGCAGCGACGUUCAAAGGCAGAAUACCAGUGGCGUCAACACCAUCUAUCCCAUCGGCGCCACCUCUGCUGUGCAGGUGUUCUCUGAUAUGGACUCUCUUGGAGGAAAAUGGACUGUGUUCCAGAGAAGGAUGGACGGUUCAGUGAACUUCUAUCGGCGCUGGGAUCAGUACCGGAGUGGCUUUGGGAACGCCGCUGGGGAAUACUGGCUCGGUCUUGAGAGUCUCUUCCACCUCACUCAGAGGAAACGUUAUGAGCUUCUGGUGGACAUGGAGGACUUUGAAGGAAAAGAGGUGUAUGCGCGUUACUCCAGGUUCUCCAUUGGUCCUGAGUCCGACGGCUACAGACUGCAUGUGUCUGGGUUUACGAACGGAGGCGCAGGAGACUCUCUUACGUAUCAUAGUGAACAGAAGUUCGUGACAUUCGACCUUCCGGAGGGAAACUGUGCCAGAGAGCACCAAGGAGCUUUCUGGUACAAAACGUGUCACUAUGCCAACCCUAACGGGGCCUAUCUGUGGGGCCCACACACCCUUUAUCGAGCUGUUGGAGUGGAAUGGUUUCACUGGAAAGGCUAUGAGUAUUCCCUGAAGGCCAUCAGCAUGAAGAUCCGCCCCCUUCAGUAAAUCUUUAUCUCUGGUUUAUUUCAGGUAGAGCUUUACCUGACUAACCUCAGCUGCUGGAAAUCAAAUGAUUUUACUUUAUGUCUUUUCUAUUUUCACUGUUAUUUUUUACUAUUAAAAAGCCAAGCAAAGUAAAUUGAAUAAACUGGAGGAAUUCUUGUAUUUUGUAAUAGUCACUUCCUGUC